AUGGCACUGUUAACACCGACAACUCCCUCUUCGGCAUUGACCGGUACGGUCGAUCUGUGCGCUACAAGUUUAAAAUCGUUCGAUCUGAAACAUGGCUUUUGCCUUACUGACGAUACAACUAUGGACGUGUGCUACAGUGCCAUCAGCUGUGGCAUGAAUGAUGCGAAAGCAAACCAUCAGUCCGGUGCGUACGGUGCUGACUGUGGGCGGAACAUGCUGCACCAAAGUUACACGCCGAUUUCCGCUCCACCGGUGCCGGGAUUUACGGGAUACAGUGCGGAGCAUGAGUUUCCUUCCGAAGCCCUUCAGUUUCAUCAGCUACCGCAGGCGGACACGUUCAAACAAGUGGGUGGCUUCUAUACGACCCCCGCCAAAGGGGGGGACGAUUUGUUCUUCAAGUUUGAUCCGGAGUACAUCGAAAAGCUGCAGUCGUCCUCGAGUAUAUUGCUCUCUCCGGCGGCAACGAUUGCCAGCACACCGCUCACGUGCCAAAGUUUGCUAAGCUGCGCCAGCAGUUGCACCACAGCGACGGAUUAUUACAACUACAACGAGACAAACUGCCAGUCAAAGAACCAGUCCCCUUGUUCCUCUCCGUUCGACGGUGAUGCGUGGAUCGAUAAUGGAUUCACUCUGAACCUGAUGAAUCUUAACGGAGCCGGGUGUUGCUCGCCGAAAAGAUCCAACGGCGAGCUGAUGGCAAUGGGCAGUUGUGGUACGACGUCACCAACGAAAAACGAAACCACCACACUGCCCUCCAUUCGGAGUGCCUUCGGUGGAACGAUCAGUGGACAGUUUGAGUGCGCUAAUUCGACCUCCAAACCCGAUAUGUCGUCCGGCGUUGAACCAUCGAUGAGCUACAUUAUGGAUUUCUUGGAUAGCUCUUUUUUGGAACAGUACAGCAACGGCAAUAGAGCGGAUGGGGGUUGCAACACUGUCGAAACGUGUACGGACCCGGCACUCACAGCGCCGGAUUCGUACAGCUACUCGGCUGAAAACUACUACAAACCGCUCCAGGGUGUGGAGAAACCGAAUCGAGAGUUUAAGGACAUUUGGAGAAAUGCUGCAAGCGUACCCGCGACGUCUAUAAACCACACACCAACCUCCCCGAUGGUUGCGAAAGUGGAACCACUGGAUAUGGUUGACGAACCGGCCGAAAUGGACGAAUCCUUCCCGUCGGCAUCAACGCCACGUUCGUGCCUCUGGAGUGGUUGCAAUCUGGAGCUCGCGGACCAGCAGCAGCUAGUGGCCCACAUCGAGAAGCAGCACGUGGAACCGAAACGGGGCGAAGUAUUUGGGUGCCAGUGGUUGGACUGUCCACGGCAGCACCGACCGUUCAAUGCCCGCUACAAGCUGCUGAUCCACAUGCGUGUACACAGCGGGGAAAAGCCCAACAAAUGUCCGUUCCCCAGUUGCAAGAAGGCUUUCUCUCGGUUGGAAAAUCUGAAAAUCCAUCAACGAUCGCACACGGGCGAGCGUCCGUACAACUGCCAGUUUCAAGGCUGCACCAAGGCGUUCAGCAACAGUUCGGAUCGUGCCAAGCAUCAGCGCACGCAUUACGACACGAAACCGUACGCCUGUCAACUGCCCGGGUGCAACAAACGUUACACCGAUCCGUCCAGCUUGCGGAAGCACGUGAAGAAUCAUGGAACGCGCCCGACGGACGUACCGAUACGGAGAAAACCGGCACAGCACGACAUUCCCGCGACAAGACGAUACUCCGAACCGACCCUAUCAACCAUGGAUGCGUUUAACCUGGAACCGUACACGAACACAUCGAACGAUUUGGUGCUGGACGAUGUGUUUGUGAAUAAACCGUCCAACCUAGCGCAGGAACUGCACGGUUCUGCUUUGGAUGGGACCAAUGGGAGCGAUCGUCGUACCACUAUGGAUGACUUUAACGAUAUGUCCAGCUGUUUCAUGAAGAUUCUGCAACUGCCGUCUGCCGUCACCGACAACAGCACGGCAGAGAUCGAAAGUAAUCGCUAUCUGAUGGAGAAUCUGGGACUUUCCUUUGAAAGUGAUGCGAACUAUUCGAACGAUGAGAGUACCGUGCUGGGAGUUGCUACCUGUCGACUUGCAAACGACACCGAUGGUAGUGGCGAAAAGACACUUCCAACGUUUGGCACUGAGUUUGACUAUUUCGGUGCAGUUGUCUGA